AUGAACAUUAGUUUGUUAGAUAUGAAUCAACAAGAUGAACCAUUAUACAAAAAACCAAUAAAAGUAGAGAAGAAGCUUGUACAUGUACCUGUUUUGUCAGAGGGUACAGUCUAUCAAUUGGAUGGAUUUCUAUCAUAUGUAGAUACAGAGCAUAAUGAAAAUCAUCAUAAUACUUCGGAUCUCUCAAACAUUGGUGUAGUCAUAACUCAUCCACACCCAAUGUUAGGAGGAAACUAUAAUAACAAUGUAGUUUUGGGAAUCUCUAGUUUCUUGACCAACCAUUUGCAUAUUCCAACAUUAUGCUUCAACUUUAGAGGUGUCGGUGGAAGUCAAGGAAAAGGUAGUUGGAGAGGUUCAUACGAGCGUGAAGAUGUACUCGCAGCAGUUAGCUAUCUCUUGGAUCAUGCACCGAUUGGUCAUCGUCCAACCAGAAUUAUCAUUGUCGGUUAUUCAUAUGGUGCUGUCAUCGGAUCGUCAGUUGCCGACAGUCAUCAAUCGAUCAUAGGAUACACCUCGGUAUCAUACCCAUUCGGACCACUUACAUUGAUGCUACUCGGACCACUAUUGGAAUUAGGAAAAUCAAACAAACCAAAACUAUUUAUUCAAGGAGAUCGUGAUAAUUUUACUGGAACCUCUAAAUAUAAAUCAAGAACUGCUGAUUUUCCACAUCCAACAGAAGUUAGACUUUUCGAGAAUGUCGAUCAUUUCUAUGGUGGAAGAGAGAAAUUGCUUGCCAAAGAAAUAUCAAAAUGGAUUUGUACUACUUUUACAAAUCUACCAAAAGAGAGUUAA